AGACAGUAUCAACAUGAAUUUCACUACUUGGAUGCUGGUGUUGUUCUGUGGUCUAACUUUGGCCCAGAAUGAUGUUAAUGAAACAGAAAUCUCUGGUGAAACAAAGUUAAGUUUUCCUGAAAUGUCACUCUUGCUCCUAGAGCUCGGUGCUGUGAAAGCAAAAUUAGAAGCUGUGGAAACAAAGCUGAAAGAGACCGAAAGUCAGGUUCUGGUUCUCAACGAGAAAGGUAAAUCCUUGGAAACAAAACUGAAAGAGACCGAAAGUCAGGUUCUGGUUCUCAACGAGAAAGGUAAAUCCUUGGAAACAAAACUGGAAGGAACCGAAAGCCAGGUUCUGGUUCUCAACGAGAAAGAUAAAUCCUUGGAAACAAAACUGAAAGAGACUGAAAGCCAGGUUUUGGUGCUUCAGGACAAAGAAGCAACCAAGGUAGUUUUCAGUGCUGGAAUAGGAGGGAGUGUAAACAUUGGACCCUUCACCACACCAAAGACCUUAGCCUACACAACAGUCAUAACAAGUUUGGGCAAUGCCUACAACCAGCACACAGGUAUCUUUGUUGCACCUGUUAGAGGAAUAUACUACUUCUCCUUCUUCUAUCAUGCUGGUGGAGGAUAUUCAGUGACUCUGCGCCUCAUGAAGAACAAUCAGAUUGUUCUGGAGAGCACUGAUUAUAAAACAUCUCAUGAUGCAGCUGAUAAUGGAGGGAAUGCUGGCUUGGUGGAGCUGCAGCAGAGAGACCAGGUCUACGUUCAGCUUUAUGCAAACACCCAUGUUUGGGGAAACAUCCACACAACUACAUUUAGUGGCUUUCUUCUACAUAAAGUCUGACAAAAGAUUAAACAUUGAUGUGAUCAUUUAAAUGGCUUAAACCUACUGAGUGUCAAUGUCAUGGUUAGUGUUUUUUCUGUUUCUUAAGCAAAAAGCAGUAAAGGCCUUAUUUUGCAGAAAAGAGUAUUUCUAACAAGAGCAUCAAGGAUAUGAAUGGAAAAAGAAAAUAUACAGUUAUGUAUAUUCUGGAGGCAUUUUUUUCCAGAAUUUUUCACAUUUAAAUAUAAAUCUGGUGGAGAAAAUUGACAUUAUGAACAUUAUGGUUUUAUGGUGUUUCAAUCUGUGUAGAAAUGGAUUUAAGUCUGUCAAUGAAGCUUGAAUUGAUCUGAACAGAAUUUACAGUCAGUCCAUAAAUGAAAAUAUGCAUUUCAAUGAGGCUCAUUGUCAGAUUAAUUUACCUUUAGAAAAUUAAAAACUUUUAAGCAGCUAAUAAACAUACGUUAAGAUUACAUUUCUGAAUAAAUUUUUGUUGUUGUUGGUCUGAUGUAAUAUUCCAAUUUUAAAUGUUAU